CAGACAGCCCGCCAUUCGCGGUGCUGCUGCAGCUCUGCCAACACGUUGCCGCCGUUCACUCCGCCUUUCACGUUGCCAGAACGUUCACGUUCAAUAUUUCUGGUCGAUACAAGUGUUGGCUUCCUGGUGCUCUGUGUCAACUCUGUUAGUGCUCUUCUGUAGCUACUGGUUUUUGUGUAUUUGUUCUACGAAUGUUGCUGAAAAUCUUACGUUUAAUUCGAUUCAUCCUGAAAAUCGCGACUGCGUAGUCUCAAAUUUUCAAUUGCAGUGGCUUUUGAUUUGGUGAUGCUGUGGCUUUUUGGCAUCUGUUCUAAUAUCGUGAAAAGAAAACGUAUUGCAUUUUUGACGUUUCAAUAUGUUAAAAAAAGAAAAAUCUCCAUCGUCGCGAUCGUUGUACAUCGCACUAUUUGGAGCGAUACGCCGCCGCCAGCAGCGCGGAUCUCCCUUCAGACGAGAGGAGCUUGAGAAUCUGCUCGCUCACCUGCCCCACCACCACCGUCGGAAUUUUGCUGAUCUUGUCGAGAUUUUGCUCAAAAGAGAAGCACAUCGACUGAGACAGACGGGAGCUCACACUAAUGGCUCGUCUUCUUCCUCAACCAAUGUUCCUUGUUCUGUGAACGCUAACAACUGCAACCAAAGAUUAACUAUAAGGCGAGACUUAUAUCGGCCUUGCGCCACUCACGGCGAUCGAUCUAUCGCAUCUUGCUCAGCUACCUCUUCUGAAUGCACAUCUAAUUCGCGUACUCCACUCACAGAAAACCUUCGACUCAACGACGAGCAAGUCGAAAAUAUAGAACAUCUUGCAUCACCUGCAACCAGAAGCUCUGAAAACAGAUCAUGUGCGACUCCAUUACUGCGUUUGCAGAAUGUAGUGUCGACUACUGAACGUAUCCUUCCUCAACGAAAACAUUAUGUUCCUGGUAAUCAUAGAGCGCUAAAAGAAGGCCCAUCAAGAAUACAUUUGGUUCGUUCAUCACGUCCAAGACAAAACUAUUUUCGGUCUUUGUCAGCUUCUGGAGCAGUUUUAAAUACAACGUUGCCAGGCAAAUGCAACCAUUGGAGCUCGUCGUUAUCGAAUAAUGCUAAGACGUCAAGCUGUGAUGCUGGUAUCACGGCCUCAGCAGUGCUUCUCAAUGAUGCGAUGGCUAACCCUUUUCUGCGUGUUUUUGGACAGGCUGCCGACACCAAUACUGAAGCAGCAACGCCCGUCACUAGUUCGUCUUGUGAGGCAACGCGUUCACCUUCUCCAUCCCCUGCAGCCGACAGCAGUGAAAUCAGCAGCAGCAACGGUUGCAGUUCUGUCAACGCGGUGGGCGAUGCAAGCAACGGAGGUGUAAGUAGCAGCAGCAGCAACGGCAAAUCCGUUACCGCAGCAGCCGCUGCUUCUGGCAUCACAACCAACCAAAACGUCAUCAGCAGCAACCACAACUCUGUUGUCUCCACCUCCAGGAGUAGCGACAAGCACAAUAACUCUGUGGAGGCCUUAAGCUCCACGUCUUCCACAAACCCUUUUUCCCGAUCGCAUGGCGGCUCGCGAUGCGGUAACGAUAGCGCCACGCCUCAACCGCCACGACCCAUCCUUGCGCCCUCCAAACUCGGGGGAUUCAACAGCUCCGUGUCUUCGUCGCCGCUCGCGCCCGCACGUCUCGCCAGGCCCGUCGUGCUCGCUCCCCCGACGCUCUUUGGGGCAUCGUCGUCUAGUUCCCUGCGCGCCGCUUCUCCUCUCACUGCCGAGCCCCAGGCGAAGUUCAAACUAAAACCUUCAAUUCUUGGUUCUGCAGUCUCCAUCAAUCCAUUUAGCAAAGCGCCGGCCGGGGACCUGGAGCUGGACACUCCUGCAGGAGACGCGUGUAGUUCUACGUCAGGAAGCAGCUCUGAACCCUCGUCCGCUAAGUGCUCGGUCUCAUCAUCUGUCGCCUCUUCCACUAAUUCUACUUCACUGGCAUCGGACUCAGCAGCUCCAAACUCGGCUGCUGAAGCUAGUAAUUGCACUUCUUCAUCCACUCCUCCUCCAUCUCCUCCAAACUCCACCUCCAGAAAAGAUGAAGCGGUCAGCUCUAUCGCAGCUACAUCAGACGCACCUAAAUCUUUAUUUGGUGUCUUUGCUAAAGCGGAACAAAAAAGGCCUGUUGCUUGCUCGUCUCCGGCGCCUGCUAGCCAGCUAUUACCCAGCAACGGUGUCAAGCCGUCUGUCUCUUCUUUUAUCUUUGGCCAGAACCUACAGUCAAAGGUCGAGGGCAAAACCAUUGAUGACGACGGCUGUGAAGCUUCCUCCUCUACCGCCGAGAUGUCCUCCUCUGAUAACAUUUUCAGCGCCGCCGCUUCUACCUUCGCAUCGCAAAGCGCGUCGUCCACGUUGAACGGCGGCCCGUCUAAAGACCUCGAAACGUCUUCACGGGAGUUGGCUGAAAAAGAGUCGAGUGGGAAACGCAAGUUCGAGCCCGUGCAGGUGCUGACCGGCGAGGAGACCGAGUCCAACGUCAUGCAGAUGAACUGUAAAGUCUACUGCUGGGUGCGUGGCGGGUGGCAAGAGAGAGGCCGCGGGGUGUUGCGUCUCAACGACUGGGGCAGCGGAGGAGAGGAGAUGCACAGUCGUCUGCUGGUGCGCACUCAGGGAACCUACACAGUGAUGCUCAACACCAACAUCUGGGGCGAGAUGGUCGUCGACAGGGCCAGCAGCAAGAGCAUUCGCUUCACUGCUUCUGAUCCUGACGGACAACCUGUUGUUUAUCUUGUCAUGGGAUUGCCUAAGGAGAUCGACACGUUGCACAGCUCUCUGGAGUGGCGCAUCUCGAACGCCAAGCGGCGAGAAAACAACAAGAAGCCUCGUGUCAAUGAGGCCUCUGUUUAGUAAACACGCUUACUCUCAUUCUCAGGGACGGAUCAUAGUUUUUCCUCGCUAGUUCAGCUUCAAUUCAAAAAGUCUGCUCAUGUCUGUCAUGCGUGGCCAUGUAUUCUAAAUUAUCUAACUAGAUGAUAAGUUCUGUCAAUUUUUGUUCAUGAUCGGAGUGAUCAAGUAUGUCAUUAUUAUUUUUUCUGCUUGAGACACUUUCCAGCUCGGACACGCGUAGUUUCCUGCACAAAUCGUGUUUAUUGUUAACAUUCAACUGUCUUUGUAAAUAUGUACUACAAAAAGACUUAGGACCAUUCUUCGGUUCCAAGUUUGUACGCGUUCUUGAAUGUUUUGAUUUUCGGCAAAACAUAGACCGUACCCAACCAAGCUGUUGAUUUUUUUUUUCGCUUUAUGUCGUGACGCGAUCUUCUGCCGAUCCAUUUCAGUGCAAGUCGGAAAAUUUUCUCUCGUUUCGUUGUAGCUACUUUUCACUAGAAGAAAAAAAAGUUUCGUUUGACGAGAGCCAUCCAGAAAUUUCCUCUCAAUGCCUUGUUAAUGGCAUAAAAUUCAUGUGUAGUGUCAGUAGCUAGUAAUCCACGUCCAAACCUUGAAAUUCUAUUGCGAUUUCUAAUAUCCAUCCUCUUGAGAAAAUGGAGUUUUUUAUACUUAAUUAGUUGACAGCAUUCAUGGAUGAUGAUUUGGAAAAUAUUUCGAAAGUCGGAAAUUCUACUUUGUAUUCUAUCAAUUUCCUAUCAUGCUACGAUCCACUUUGCUUGGCCUAUCGACUUCUUACCAAAGCUCCGAUUGAGAUUGGUGCUACGUUGUACGUUUCACAUGCCGGUUGAACUAUUUGUACAAUUAAAGUGCAUCCUAUGGAAAGUAAACAAAAAAAUUUUUAACUUUCAUUGCCUAUAAUUUGGUUGCUCAUCGCACAUAACUGCUAUUGUGAUGAUGUUUGUCACUGACACAAGAAUUUAGAGAAUGAUACUUAAUAAUUAGUUUGCAAAUUAGAUUGCAAUCUAUGUUGAAACAAUUUCCAUUGAGUAUCCGUUAAAGGCAGUUUCGUGUUUAUGAAGGAAGUAUUAAGUGCUUAUGAAGUCUGACUGCUUUCAUUGAUUCACACAAUUCAAACUUUUUGCUUCUGUUAUUUCUUUGUCUUAUCGCUAAGAACCUCUUAUUGCCUUGAUAAUUUUUUAAUUGGUGAAACAUUCUCAAAUAAUAACGGUUAUUUGAUUACAUGGCUAGUCCGUUGUUUGUUUACAUGCCCGAUUUAUAAUGUGUGUUUUUUUGCAUCAGUCCAUAGUUAGAUGUAGAAGCCGUUAGCUCGUGCGGUCGACUGUAUAAAUUGUAUUGAAAAGUCAAAUGAAAUAAUUUCGACAGUUUCACUUAUUACAGUUCUCUAAUUCGGAUAGUCUUUGGGUUUGUUCCAUUAAAUAUUUCCAUUGUCUCUUCGUUCAAGUGGAUAGUUGCCAAUACCACUCAUUGUAAGAAUUUUUUUGUUGUUGUAUGUUCCCCCCUUGAAAUUAAAAUGACUUGUGUGUGGAUAGCAAUAUCCACGAGUGAAUUAUUUUUCAGGAAAAUUUUCAUGUCCCACUUCGUUUACAAGCGCAUUGAUUUUUUUGUAUUAAAAGGCGAUUUUUUGGCGUUGGUUUUGCUGUGGUACGUGGCUAAUUUGACUUGGUUUCGCACUGAAGUUGAAGCGUCAGGACAUACAAUUUUUCACCGGAAUUUUUUUCUGUCUUGUACAAUCUAGUUGGUAUUUUUUACACUUGUCGAACUGAAGGCAUUUCCUUCCUCAUAAGUUUUCGCAUCUUCCUUAGAGAUUGAAACGAGCCUGAACUGAGGACGUAUUUAGCAAGUUAUGUUAGCAUUCACACGAUUGCAUUAUGCGAGUCCAAAUGUGUGUUCAUGCAAGAAAUUGUUUAACAUGAAGCAAGAAGUUGACGCUAGAACCUUACUGGUUAAAGGGCAACUAUCUUAAUGGAUUAAUUUUGAACAUAUCUUCAAUAUUGAAAGAAGUUAGACUCAUUCUGUGAUGGCUUGCAAAGGAAGCACACCAAACGUCUGACUCUUAUAAUCAUUGUAAAUAUCGAUGUACAGAUACGUGGACUUACUUCAUUUGUGGCGCUUUUGUGCGACGUUUUCACACGCAGUUCGGCUUGCGUUUUAGGAGAAGUCUGUACCAGAACGAGCCUCGAGUAUUUGACGCACUUCUGGAAGCGUUUUUCAAGAUGAGGGGAUUGAAAUGCUCUCUUUAAAACGUAAAAUGUUUCUCACUUGCAAAUUUUACUUCCAUCUACGAGUAUAAAUAUUUUCCUAAUUUUUGACUGUGGAAAUUAAAUGACUACUUUGAAACCUAAAGAAUAUUUUCGACUGGAAUAUUUUUGGUGUGUGCACACAAGUUAGUUUAGUCGUACUUUUCUUUUUGUUAUUCUAAUUACUAUACUUCUUUACAUAAAAUUCAGAUAAAAAAAUGUAUUCUUUCAAUCAAUACCAUCAUUUUGAUGGGUCUGAUGUUUACUCCUAUGGAAGCAUUAUUUAUGUUUACCGUAAGUGUCGUUGGUUGAUUAGUUAGGCGUUUCUUUUGUUAUUGAAUUUUUUGAUGGUUGAAAUGGUACUCCUUAUUGCCUGCCAUGCGAGAGCCGAUAAGUUUAAGCAACCGAAAUUGCCAAUUUCUUUUUAAAUACAUUCCGUGAAUGUAGUGACUUUGCUUCUUGGAAUAAUAAAUCUGGUGUAACAUUA